CAGUUGUAACUUGUAAUGUUUACAAGUGCACAAAUUUAGAGGUUAGAUCAUGUGGACAACAUAAUUGUAUUUAAAAAUAUAUGCUAUCAAUCUAAUUUAUGCCAAGUCGCCUGUAGUUGCAAUAUCAACAUGGUUGUUAAAGUACCAGAAAGUCUAAAUGAGCCCAAGAACUAUGUGCUCAGUCGAAAAUCUGGGAGAAGUAUAAUAGAGCGCCGACCUGUGUUUUCCCCCGAUGGAGAAUCACUUGUAAUCAUCGUGGAAAAUACAUUACGCAUAUAUAACGUUCAUACUGGCGAUUGGGUCCGCUCACUUGAAACUGAGACUCCUGUGAGUUCUAUCAUUAGUGCGGAGUUUCCUGAACAUCAGAAUUACAACCUGUAUGGUUGUUCUAAUAAUGGCCUUUUUACAACUUGGACUUGGGAAAAUGGAGCAGUUCUUAGGGAAAUUAAACUAAAAAUACCAUACAACAAUCAAGUUCGUUCGUUCAAUAUAGUAAACGAAACAGAUUGUUUAUUACUAACUGCACACCCAAUGAAAGGUUUACUGCACAUGGGAUUAUAUAAUUACAAAACGGGAGCUCUAAACAUAGAGUAUGUGGAUACAAGGGUGCCGAAGAGUGAUAUACUGUCUGUCUCUAUUGGGAUGUAUAAUGGUGAACCUAUCGCAGCCAUUGUCAGUGGGUACUGUAAGAUGCAUGUGCAGAACCUUGUUCGACCUGAUAAGAAUACAUUAGUGCGAGCAAAGUACAGGUUGCUAGCUGUAUCCAUGACUAAAGGUGGUGCGAUCGCUGCCACCGACACACUCGGCAGGACGAUAGUGUACAGAGGCAAUGUCUGUGAAUACAUCAAUGUGGGUAGUGAGGUACUGCAUUGGCACGCUUUGCCACUAUAUGCCGUACAUUUCUCGAAAGUAGGUAGUUACAUUCUCACUGGUGGAAUGGAAAAAGUAUUAGUCAAGUGGACCAUCGGAAGCCUGGCGCAGAAAGCGAACGAAAAGAAGUUUAUUCCCCGCCUCCCAGGUUUCAUCAGAUACAUAACGACAAGCAAUGAUCAUGUUGCUAUCACUUUAUCAAAUAAUUCCGUGGUGAUAGCAAACAUGCAACUAUACAUCACAACAACCAUCCUAGAGUGUGGUGGUUUGUCGUCAGUCACUCGCUCACUUGGUUCCUCCCUUGUGUAUCACAAGAAGCUGUCCUCGCUCAUAGUGCCGGGCAGAACCGGGUAUUUGCAGUUGUAUUCCACUACUACGGAUAAGGUUUUAUAUAAUAUUGACAUUACAGAAGUGAACCACAUACCGAGCGAGCGUUAUAACAUUUUGCCAGUAGAAACAGAAGUGACAUGUGCCGCUAUAAGUGCAAAUGGUUUCUGGCUCGUCACCUCCGAAUACAGAUAUGACGGUACCAAUUACCCUGAAGAAAAACUCAAGUUCUGGUCCACACACUACAAUGCAGCUACUGCCUUCAAACUCAAUACUUGUGUUAAUCUCUCCCACGGCGGUUGCGACGUAGUCUCUAUUGCACUCAAUAAAAAGGGCGAUUUUUGCGUAACAGCUGGCAAUGAUCAGAAGUUCAGGAUAUGGAAAUUUGCCAAGGAAAAAGGGAAGAAUAGGUGGCUCUGUCUCACCGCGUGCUAUUAUUCGUCCGGUAUCGCGCAUUAUUUAGCUAAUCCUUUUCUAAAUGAGUUCAAACAUGGAGAUAUUCUGGGUAUCGGUACAGUGACUGAACGGCCAUAUUUAAGCCAAGACCGAAUUGAAAAUGAUAUUGUAAAAACAGUGUGGAAUAUACAUAAAUCGAAAGUAAAUGAUAGGAUGGUGGAACAGGAUUGUUAUAAGGGGGAGAAUGCUAUGGGGGGUGUGGCUAUAUCACAGGAUGGGUCGUUGAUAGCGGCCUGGUUUGGAAGUAAAUUGACGUUAUGGGAUUCUCAUUUGUGUAACCUGAGGACGACUUUAUCCCACCCCGCAUUACGACCGAAAGGGAGGGAAGUUCAGUUCGGGAAUAUGGACGCGGCGCAUUAUUUGGUAUGCACUACAGACUACUGUUUGGCUGUAUGGAGUCUAUUGUCUCUAACAAUGAAGUGGAUGGUACAGAACAGUCCCACGUGCCUUGUGGCCGAUCCCUUCUCUAACAGGAUGAUGGUUGUCAAUCAGGAUAAUGAUCUGUUCGUGUUCACACCGCACGAUUCAACGCCAAUACUAUCUCGCAAGCGUAUACUGAAGCCAGAGGAAGGCGCGAUCAGACAGUGUACGUUCGGAAACACGACACGCACUGAUGUCACCGUUUAUUUGUUGAGGAAUAAUUCGGAAUUAUACAGUCUAGAGCCAGAACGCUCAUCAAAGAAGCAACUAGAAGCGAUAACACACAGGAAUCUACCAACGUCAAAGUUCAGCACGCUAUUGGCUGAACAGCAAGUGACGGAAGUGACGUCAUCAGCGGUUGCUGAGAUUCAACAAAUGAACCAAGAGUCGCUGGGGCAUAAGGCUACGUCGCUGUUUUUAUCAUCAUCAUCAUACAUGGUGCCGCCGGUGACGUCACUAAGUACGUCGUUCCUAGAACUAAUAUCUGGAUGUCAAGAAGUCGAAGAAAUCGAUGAACAAACACCAGCUAUGGAAGUAGACCUAGACUCGAGUGAUGAUGAAGAAAUGCCCAAAAUAUUAGCACCCAAACCUGAACAAUUGUGCAAGGCCAAUUAUGAAAAAAUUAAAGAGAAAAAGUUAAAGAAGCUUCUGGAAAGUGAAGUUCUCGAUUUGAAUGUGACUGCCGAUGUUUUCGGCUUGUGAAUAAAUGUUAUUUUUUAA